AUGGCCACUAGCCCAAUCCCCGUUCGCUGCUUCGACUGCAGCGAGGUUUUCGAAUCCAAGAAGCAACUUUACCGGCACUACUGCACAGACUUGAACCUCGAUGCCGGCCAUCCGACGCCAGAGAGGUCCAAGACCGGUGGCAAGCCAGAUCCCCAUCGCGUGCACAUCAUAUGCAGGUUUUGCGACAGGAAGUUCUUGUACAAGAACAAGUACUACGGGCACAUGUCUGAUUGCGAGGGGAGCAAGGGCAGAAAGCCGCCUGAACAACCGGUACGUAACGCUCCUAUUGCACCACGUGCCCCGCAGGUCGCCCAGCAAGAAAUCGAGCAUGCACCGUCGUCCUCGUGGCCGGAAGAAGAGCAGGAGCCAGAGCCAGAGCAGCCCAGCACGCAGUCACUGGGCGCCGAGAUGAACAGCGGCCCUUCAGAGGCUGCUUCCAGCACUUCGGCCAGCACGUAUCUGGAGCGCGUGCUGAAUAAGAGAUUCGAGCCGCCGCUCGACGAGCAGACCACGAGGCUGCUUUUCGUCCAGGAAGCCGCACUACGGAAUGAAAUGCUGAAGGAGUUUGCGCAGGAGCGGCAAGCGCUGGUGCGUGAGCACGAGGCGAAGUUUGCCGAGGAGGAGAAGGUGUGGCAGAUGCGCAUGGACGCCCUCAACGGCAAGUUCGACGCGCAGCUGGCGCGGGCGAGGGAGAAGUACGAGGCCGAGCUGGAGGGGCUAAAGAAGAAGCACAAGGAGGCCAUGGACGCCCUCAAGAUGGAUCAUGUGCAGUCCUCGAUCCGCUUCCACAAUGACCAUCUUGCGCAGGUCGAGGCGCUGAGGGCCGAGAUCCGCCAGCUGAAGGCGUGAAACGCGGCUUCGUCCGGCGUAUUCUUUGAUCUUUCUCACUUCAAAUAGGCUGUCUUGGUGGACCAGAGCCAUAUCUACACCAAGGGUUGCUGGCAUUCCAAACGCGGGGCCAAAUCCCCCGUCGAAGUGGGACGCUUUGUAUCUGACGGUGACGUCGACGGCAACUGAAGGGAUUAGUCACGUAGCGUGGGCUCUGAUGUGGACGGGUGAACGCGCCGAGAGAGACGCAGAUAUGACUGCGCCAUGCGACGCGGGAAGGAUGUUGACUAGAAACUUCACAAAAGUUCUAUAUAAUAUUAGGGUUGUUGUGUAUCG